CGCCCCGGGGGGCGCGGCGGGCGCUGCCGGUGCCCCGCGCAUCGCCCGCGCCGCCGACACCGCCGGGGCAGCCGCCGAUGCGGCGCCCGCCCGCCCGCGCCUGCCAAGAUGGCGGCUCCCGGGGUGGGGGGCGCCGGGGCGCUGCCGCCCCCUCCGCCCGCUGAGGACGAGCCCCCCGGGACCCACGGGACUCUCCCCGGCGCGGUGGCGGGGCGAGAGGAGGGCAGCGGCGCGGAGCUGCUGGCGGUGACGGAGGAGCUGGUGCAGAGCUUGGCCGCCCUAGAAGCCGGCGCGGGGGCGGCAAGCGGCACCGCGCUGUACCUGCGGGCGGACGGGAGCGCGGCAGAGGGCGCGGGGCUGAGCGCCGGCGAGCAGCGGCGGCUGCUGGAGCGGCUGCUGGAGGGCCCGGGGCCGCCCCCGCCACCCCGUCCCGCCGCCGCGCCGCUGGCCCCCGCGGAGCUCCGGCGGGUCAUCGAGCAAGUGAGCAAGGCCCAGGAGCAGCAGAAGCCGGCGGCCACCGCCGCGCCCCCGCCGCAGCCCUGCCCCGCGGGCGGCAUCAUGCAGAACGCCGCCCGGCAGCUGCAGAGCGUGGCCCAGCAGGUCGCCCUGCAGCAGGGCAGGGCCGCGGCGGCCGCCCGCCUCCUCCCGCACAAGCAGCUGGAAGCCAUUUGUGUCCAAGUUCAGCCAGGACAGAUGAAGGAAACUGAAGGGCCAAUGACAUCAUUGGCACCAAUCCAGUCCAAAACUAUAACGCUGAGUCAGCCAGUUGGUAGGAAUUCUAGCAUACCAGGACUUGGCAUUAUUAAUCCCCAGAUAAUUAGGAUACAGCCUGUUUCAGGAACUGAGCAGCAGCAGCUAUUCCUGCAUAGUUCUUCUGAGUCUCCGGUUCAGUUGCUUAUGCAGAGGCCUUUACCAUCUCAUGAUUCAGUCUCUGUGGACAAGGUUCCCCCAUCUAAGAUGGUGAAUGGACAGAGGGAUACUUGUGCUACAGCAUCAGCUUCAAGGUCUCCUAAUCCUACUGUGGCUGCAGCCAUUUCAGCAAGUACACCAUGCCUUGAAAAAAAGCAAAAGGAUGACAAGUUAAAGAAAUCCUUGAAGGUGAAAACUCGUUCUGGACGGAUUUCACGCCCCCCCAAAUACAAAGCUAAAGAUUAUAAAUUCAUUAAAAUGGAGGAUUUGGCUGAUGGUCAUCAGUCUGAUUCUGAUGACUACUCUGAGCUGAGUAUAGAAGAUGAUGAAGAAGGAAAGGUGAAGGGAAAGGAUGCAUUAUUCAGUUCUUCAAAUUAUAAUCUGAAACCCAAAACGUUUAAAUGUCAGACUUGUGAAAAAUCUUAUAUAGGAAAAGGAGGAUUAGCAAGACAUUAUAAACUUAAUCCAGACCAUGGAGAGCUGGAGUCUUCACCUCCAAAAAUACCUCUAAAUAAGACUAAUGGAAGUAUCUUUGUGGAAGAGGAAUUGAUGAGUCCAGCACAUUUGGAUUCAACUGCUGUCACUUUAAAUCACGAAAAAGUACUAGCUACCAGUCUGGAAGAAACUGUUGAUUCAAAGUCUGGAGAACAGGCUUCAGAAUCUGAGGAAAGCAGACACUUGCUGGCAGAACAACCAAAUGAAACCAGUUCAGGACACCAGGGACCUGUAGCACCAAAAGGACUUGGAAGACCCAGACGACCAAAGAGACGUGGUCGACCCAGGAUGGGUGGAAGAUCCAGGUGUUCUGGAAGGAUUAGCAGACCUGGUCAGUCCCCUUCAAAGUCACUUAGUAGUGUGUCAGCAGAACACAAUGUAUUCAGAAGAAAAGCUAGGUUAAAAGAGCUAAUACAACAAUGUGAUAAUGAAGACUUAAUGGAGCUGGCUCUCCCACGUCUUACAAAGCUUGUUACAGUGUAUGAAUUUCUGUUGAUGAAGGUGGAAAAAGGACAUCCAGCCAAAGCUUACUUUCCAGAUGUGUAUAGGGAAUUUGAAGAUUUGCAUAACAUGGUAAAGAAAAUGGCUUAUGAUCACCUCAGUAAUUCUGAUUCUGUGAAUUGCCAACAGCCUGUUGAAAUUAAAGAUGCUAAGGUUGCUGAAUCUCUAGGAAUCACAGAAAUACUCAGUGGAGAACAGAAGAUGCAAGGUGCAGGCUCUUAUUCACAAUGUGUAAUUAAAAUGGUUAGUGAGCAAGUGCCUGUGGACAUACUGGGACAAAAACGGUUAGCUGAGAGCUCAGGGGAAGAACUGUUGCCACCAGCCAAAAGGACCAAGUUAGAAGAUGUAACAGAGAAUGUGAACAAUGCUUAUGCCAGUCAAGAUGAAGUGAAAGAAAAGAGUGGGAAUUUGUGUACACUGUUUGAAAAAGAUGGUUUUAAUCCAUUAAAUGGAGAAAUCCUGCUUUCAGAAGAUAGGCAUAUCACUUGCUGUACAACUGGAAGUACAUUACAGACAGCAGAGGAACAUAAUUCACUUGCUGAUUCAGGAGUUAGACUUGAUGGUGAAAAUUCAGGUACCUCCUCCCAAACUGUGGAAAUGAGGAUAGAGUAUCCCCAGCCUGUGAGCAUGCAGGGACCAGAUGUGGCAGGUGAAGCUUCUCUGCUGCACACUGAAGUCGUGCUGCCUGUCAGAACCAGCUCAGCUGGGCUGGUUCAGGCACACUUUGUGAGCGGGAGUGCGGCGGGGGGACCGGCAGCUCCUGAUCUCCACAGCUCUGUGUCAGAGCAGGCACUGGCCAGGCAGAGCACUGGCCCACCAACAAGUGAAGAAAAUGCUCACAGUCCAAAAUAUCAUGAACUGCAGGAAGAAACCCCUAAUUUUGCAAUUAAAGAACGUUCUGAGCAACUCCAUAAUGCUGAUGUGAGUGAUGAGAUACAGGAACUUGAAAAAGCUUUUUCAACACAUGUUGUGCCAAUAAACUACCCCCACAGUGCUCAGGCUGAGUCGCACCAGAAUGCUGUCCAGGGAGCCUCCCUGUCCGCUCACGGGAACCAGGAAAAUGCUUUCAAAAACCAGAGUGAAUAUUCUUGUGGGACAGAGGAAGCACAAGAGCUGGCAAAUACAGUUACUGUAGAUGAAACUGUAGCUUUUGAGAUUUCUGAUGAGAGCCAUGAUUUUUUGUCUCAGGGACACGAACAGAUUUUUAUUCAGACUUCAGAUGGGCUUAUCUUGUCUCAUCCAGACACUGUUUUGUCUCAGGCAGAAGGCAUCGUUAUUGUGACUGAUUCCAAUGGUACUACAAUGCACAUCCGCACACCCGAAGGGAUACCUUUGGAAACAGUGGAAGCACUACUGGCAAUGGAAGCAGCUGGCCAAAGUGAAGAUAUUUUGCUCUCACAAAGUGAAUUGGAGCCAUAAAUUAAAAAGACUUAUAAGCUUUCUUCUGGAAAAGACUGAUUAUAAAAUGUAUAUUUUUCUAAUGUGAAUACUGAGAUAAUUGAAAUUUAAGUUAUUUGUAAACUGUUUCUACGCCCCGUACUUUUUAUAACUUAUGUUUAUAUAAUCUAGCAGCGUUGCAACCAAAAAUUCUAGAAUUAACAUUGUUCUAUUUGCUUUAUAUGUUGGGGAUGGGUGGAAAGUGAAAAUCUUGUCAAUCCUAAAACUUGCACUGUUCCCUUUUGUUACAUAAUUCCUUUUCUCUCCAGCAAUCUCAAAAUGCAGUAUGUUGUACUGCUGUUCAGCAAUGAUGUGCUGUGUACUGGCAAGCUGUAUAUGGGUAAAAUAAAAGCUAUAUUAAAAAUGUG